GCACCUCUCUCCCCGGCCGGGUGAAUCAGCUUCAACCUCUAGUCCGUGUUUUGUUUUCUUAGACAUUUAAGUUUAGUUCUUCUCGCACAGAAUUAAGAUGCUUUGACCAAAUAAACGAAUGCGCAGGAGUUUAGAAGGACACACUCCAACAAUCUCUAUCUGCCUCCAGCUCUAUUCACCACAGCUCAGCUCCACACGAUUAUCAGCUAUGCAAAUGAACAUCAGAGCAGAGGCAAAUCAGUUUGAAUAAGUUAAUAUGAAGCACUUUUAAAAUAGAUUUCACUGCAAACCAACAAAGGAUGGCACACAGUACUGUUCCUCUGAACAGUUUUUUAAGGUCACAGUGAAUGAGACUUCACUGUGACCUUAUCUGUUUUAAAACUCCCAUCCUUGACAAAACCCUUUCACAGACAGGAGUUAGUAAUUAUAAAUGAAGGCCACCGAUCUUAUAUUUGCAUUAAAUGUUUAAAUAACUCUUCACACAUGGGUGAAAAAACUAUUUAUAACAGUAUUAAAAAAGUUGAGCUCUCCAGUUAUUAUAAUAUCAAAAUUCAACUUCUGUAUUGUGAAAACUGCUGUUGGUGAUGAGAGAAAAUGGGAGGGAUUGGAUGAGAGGCAGUCUGGGAGUAUAAAUGCUCCUGGUCUCUAGUAACUCAAUCUUUGUGUGGAAACAUUGACUGGUUCAACAUGUUGUUCUCUGUGGUGCUGCUGCUGGUCAGUGUUACACAAGCCAGUCAUUAUCGUGGCACUUUGAUGACCUACUACCCUAAGGAAACUUAUGCAAAUGGAUCAGUCUCUGUGAUUCUCCGCUUCAAGUUUAACUUCCAAUCCUGCCAAGAUGGUUCAUUUUCUUGCACUGGAAACUGUGUCAAUGAAAGCUUGGUUCUUCCAAAUACCAAAUGUGAGGAAGUCAUUGGUGCUUGGUGUCAGAGUGAAAAAAUCACAUCUUGGCUGCUUCCCAACAACUCUCAAUUUCAGCUUGUACAUGCUAGUAAUAGCUGGAUAGAUAAUCGAAAUGGCGCUGGAUCCUGGAGAGCUGUGACUGACGUUGAACUGAGGCACCGGUCCGACACCAACAGACCCAACUCAUCACCACAGACCACCAUGUUUCCAGCCCUCAGAGUUCCUUCAAACUGUCAGAGAAAUAUUAACCUGUUGGCCUUUGACCCCGAUGGAGAUGAGGUUAAAUGCAGAUAUGCUAAAAUGUCCUUGACAGAAUGUUACUCACCCUGCACACCUCCAUCUGUUCUCAGCCUCUCCUCUACUUGUACCCUGUCAUUCAGUGCAAAUUCAAACAGUAUUGAAGGUUGGUAUGUAGUCGAGAUGGUGAUGGAGGACUUUCCCAGACAGGCAAUCACCCUGACUCAGACUAAUGGGUCAAAGGUUGUGAAAACUACCAGUGAUGCUAUCAGCAAGAUACCCAUCCAGUUUACUUUUCUAGUGGAUCCUGCAGCACCAUCCUGCUCAGAAGGUGUUUAUCUGCCGAGAUUUCUGGUACCAACUCCAGAACACGGAGCUCACUUCUACAGUCCAGUCAACCAGGCUCUGAAGAUUGACAUCACAGCAACUGCAACUCAGUCUGUGAUCACUGGGCUCCUGGUCAGCGGGCCGUACAAUGUGGUCAAGAGUUCUUCAGGAUCAGGAAGCUUCUCUUUGACGUGGAAACCAUCUGCAAGUGAAGAUGGACAGAGCCAUCCCAUCUGUUUUGUUGUCCAGGCAAGUUUCAACAGCUCUGUGUAUCAGUCUGAGCUUCGAUGUGUCGUUGUGACAGUUAGAGACAUGACCUAUGUUAAUGUUCUCAAAAUGAAGAUCUCAACUGCGCUGUCACUGAAGGACAAUCAUGUCACCAUCGAACAUUUGAUAAAAGAAGGACUGAUGAGCCGAGGGUUUCCACCAGGCACAACUGUACGCCUGCUGAGCAACAAGUCUGAAAGUUACAAGAAAGCCGCCCCCUAGUGGCCACUCAUGAUCAUUACACGGAGAAGCACUGGGCACAGGGGCCCACUCCAUCUGGAGAUGUCAUAUUCUAUUUUUGACCAUAAACUCUAUAUUUAAUAGGCUUCAUACAAUACACGUCCAAUAUACAGGAAUACUAAUAAAACGAGAAAACGAUAAAUCUUUGACAAUCCGCUUAUUGAUUUUCUCUAAAAUGUUGUUACAAUUUUAAGUAUUUCUUUAAUCUUAUCAGGUCCUGGAUUAUUUUGUAAAGAAAUAUUUAAUGCUGUCUUUGUUGCUACUGGCACCUAAAUAAUGGAGCAAGGUGAGAAACUGCCCUUUUUAAAAGUGAGUGACCAAGCUAAUGUUGUUAGUCUCCCGUUUGAAUACCUCAUCAAUAUUUGCCGUCUGACAACUUUAUAAACCCUCUGUUGAUUAUCAUUAUAUAUAUCUGUUUCAACUACCAAGCAGCAGGACUUAUUUUGUGAUAUAUAAACUAGAACAGUAAAGUGUGAUAAUGAUGCAUGGAGAAAGGAGAGGAAUUAAAUAAGUUUAUACUUCCACCCACCCCUUUGAUAAUGUAAAACUAACCUAUACUGUAUACAAUUUUUUUUUUUAUCAUUUUGAUAACCUGCAUAUAUUUGAAUAAAACAAAACAAAAUAAUUACUUAGUUUAGUUAGGCUGUGGACGGCUUAGACCUGUGACCUUUCUCCACACGGUGUCAAGCCGUGUGCUGCUUCUCCCCCCUUGGAGAAACAGAAUCCUACUGACUUUGAAACAAAAACCCCCAUUUUAUACUAUAAUCAUGCACUCUUGUUUGAGGCACAGGGUCAUUUUUAGAUUGUGAAGUGUGAGUAGACUCUGAUCUGGGGGACGUAAACAUGAGUGCACCCUGGUGGAUGUUUUGAAGAAUACAGCUGGUGACUGGUGAUUAUGUGGCUUCUGGCCCAAUGUUUCAUUAAAAAAAAGGGAGGGAGGUGGCAUUUAGGCAUCAUGACCUCCACUUUUUACUGUUA